AUGAAGUUCUCAUCACUUGCACUGCUGUUCGCUGUUGUUGCUGUCUCCAGUGCGUUGGCCGAAGACCCAGAAUUCACCUACAAGAGCGAUUCGGAUGCAUUGAGUCCGUCCGAAUGGGAUGAAGGAUACCCGAUGUGUGGCGGAUCCAAGCAAUCACCGAUCGAUAUUACGGCAUCCAAACUGUGUACUUCGCAUGUUCCUCCCCCGUUGGCGUUCACUGGCUCCUGUCCGAGCUAUAACAUGACGGAGGCCUCGGACUCCUAUAUGGCGGCAGUGGAUGGAGGCGAUUGCAUUGUUACGGUGAAGGGGGAGACAUACAACUUCGCCCAGUUCCAUGUGCACACUCCGUCAGAGCACACUAUCAAUGGUAAGGCGUUCGAUGGAGAGAUCCACUUUGUACACAAGAAAGCAGAUGGCUCGGCAGCUCUCGUGAUCGGACUCUUCCUCGAAAAGAGCAAUAAAGCCGACACCGAACCAGCAGUAGACAUCAUCGUGGACGCAAUGAGCGAAGUCACGCACAGCACCUCCAUUCCGAUGACCCUGGGUUCAUACUCGGAGCUUCUUGACGUUUAUAUCAACAAGAGCCACGUCUACAACUACGCUGGUAGCUUGACGACUCCACCUUGCACCGAAUUUGUGGAUUGGUGGGUGAUCCGCAAGCCCGCUAGAAUCUCAUCGGUUCAGUUUGAUCGCAUCGUAGCAAACCUCGCUGAUCUAGAGGUUACUGACAACGGGAACAACGCACGCCCCGUUCAACCUCUCAACGGACGCACUGUCACGACGUACAAUUGA